AUGGAAACUACCAUCUCAUCCGUACUGCUGCUCAUUCUGGGCUUGGUGGCCGUCAAAGCUCUCCUGAAAAGGUACAAUGGCAAGUCUGCUGAUAAUGGCAUCGCCUCGUCAGUCUUCGGCUCGAAGCUCGAUCCCUUUUAUGCUGUUGAGCCUCUAAAAGACUUUGACUUCAAUACAACCCCUCCAAUCGAAUACAAGCCAUACAGAACACAGGGACAUGUUACCAUGGGGAUCCAAAAACAAACUCGCUCCAGCUGGAUUCGAAUUGACUCAGGCUACCUGAAGCGACUCGAAGAACGACGCGGUCUCGUUGAAGACAAGCCAGAACUCACUAUCGGAACAGGCAAGAUCGUCGAUCCAGCCAUUGAAGAGCUCUACGAGGAGAUCAUGAUUAAGUACCUCCCCCAGCGCUUCCCAACCAUGUUUAAGAUCCGCGGCAAUCUUGUCGACAACCUCGCAACUGGCUCUAAUUAUCCGUUCACCACGGCUGGUCUCACUCCCGCUGUUAUGCUCCGCUACCUUUCUGAGAAUGUCGAGGAGGAUUUCUACUUCAUGUGUCCUGAUCCUGAUGGACAGUUCCGUCUCCGCGGAUAUAUUGCUUGCUUUCCUGGUGGUUUCUUGAGCCCUGCGAGAGUCGGCGAGUCAGUGAGGGAGAUUCACCAGCCUGUUCCGGGUUAUGAUAAGAAGCUGGGUGCCAGUGUGGACCGAUACUUUUCUCGCAUGGAACCGGGUCAGUUCAUCGGACGGAUGAACUGGUCUCUCCAGGUCGACGGCGCAGACCUCUUCCGUACCGACGGCAACAACUUUUACCCAGAAACAGACCAAGUCGUCGAUGACGAAAAGUAUAACCCCCCUCUUACUGAAUGCUACCUCCGUGUUGAGCAUCAGACCUUGACUGCUCUGCCCAAAUCCCGAGCAAUCAUUUUCACUGUCCGCAGCUACAUGACUAGACUUGACGAGGUGCGUGCAAAGGGAGAGGGAAAUGCCCUUGCCGAUGCUAUCGAGUCCAUGCCUCAGGGUCUUGGAGAGUACAAGAUGCGGCAAUACUGGGGUGGAAAGGUCUUGCCUUGGUUGAGGGGUGGUCCUGGAGAUGCAACCGUGGCGUAG